GCCCAACCGUCCUUCCAUUCCCCAUCCCCAGUCCCCACAUCGUCCUCCACAUUUCCCCACCGCCGGAGCGCAAAAACCCACCGGCUCGGCCGCCAUGCCGCCGGCGCCGGAGCUAAGCAUGGACCUCGUCGAGCAGUUCCUCAUCCGCCUCCCUCCGGACGACCCCGGGUGCCUCUUCCGCGCCUCGCUCGUCUGCAGACUGUGGCGCGGCCUCCUCACCAGCGCCGACUUCGCCCGCCGCUACCGCGAGUUCCAUCGGACCCCGCCCCUGCUCGGCUUCUUCGAGAAUCACGACACCGUCAAGCCGUGGUUCGCGCCCUCGUCCCCCGCCGCCUCCCCCUUCCCCCCGCUCUUCCCCGACCGCCGCGACCUCUACGUGCUCGACUCCCGCCACGCCCUCGUCCUCCUGAGAAACCCUAUUCGAACCGAUGACAAUGACCACGCCGUCAGCCUCAUCGUCUGGGACCCAGUAGGCCGCCGCCAGUGGGAGUUCCCGCCUCCGGAUUUCGCCAGUACCGUGAUCUACGACGUGGGGGUGGUGGUCUGCGCCGCCGACCACUGCGACCACCUCGGCUGCCAUGGCAGCUCCUUCCUCGUGGGCUACGUGGGCACCGACUACUCGAGCGCCUACGCCUCCGUCUUCUCUUUGGAGACGAGUAGCUGGAGCCCCACCGUCUCUUGUCCUCACCCUGGUAUCGAGAUCUGGAGAUGCCAGCCCAAGCCCCUUGUGGGGAAUGCAGCGUACUCCAUCUGCGUGUCCGAAGACGAGGAGUAUGGCGUGUCUCAGUUAGUUCUGCGGUUCGACCUGUUCAGCCGGGAACUAUCAAAGUUUGACGGUCCAACCAUCCAUCGCCACUCCCACUAUGUUCUCAUGAAAACAGAGGAAGGCGUGCUGGGAUGCGCGGCUAUGCAGGGAUCUCGUUCUCGGCUUCACCUGUGGUCUACGGAGACUGGUCCCGACGGAGCAGUGGCAUGGAUGCAACCCAGGGUCGUCCACCUCAACUCCUCCUUCUUCGGUGUGGUUUGCUUUGAGGAUAGAGCUGGUGCCUUCUAUCUGACGACAGACGAUGGUGUCACCACGGUUGAUCUGAAGUCAGGCCGAGUCAAGAAGACAUCCAUCGACAAUUCCAGUACCAUUCCCUACAUAAGCUUCUACACUCCAGAUCAAGCUGUGCAGAAUGUUGAGGUGGCCCAGGGAGGCAGAUGGAAGCAAGUGGGCGACAAGGAGAAGGAGGCUGAUGAGAAAGAGGAGCAGGAGGAAGAGAAAGCCUUGAAGGAGCUUUUCACCAAGGGGUCCAAAGCCCUUAAGGAUGAGGACUUCAUCAGCGCUGUAGACUGCAGACGCACGAUCCUUGAGAUCAGGGUGGCACGUCAUGGUAAAAUUUCUCCAAAGUGUUGCAGUGCAUAUUUCAACUAUGGAUGGGCUUUGCUACGGAAAAUUCUAUCAAAUCGUGAUUCGGUGAACAGUACAACCACUCAACGUAAUACUGGAAGGAAAAUAUCAGAGGAUUUGGAUCUGGCCUGGAAAAUGCUGCAUGUUGCAAGGGCAAUAUCCGCGAAGAUUCCUGCCAGCACUAUUGAGAAAUACAAAAUCUAUGCUGUUCUUGCUAAAGUCUCUGUGGAAAGAGAAGACACAGACUACUCACUCGUUGCGUGCUUCAAAGCUUUGGCCAACUUGGAACAUUUGCUUGAGCCCGAUCAUCGUCGUGUUAUCAAUCUAAACUUGCACAUACGAUUUGCCUUCGAGUUGCAAUCCAAAAUUGGAGAUUCAAAGGCUAUCUUAUUGUGCAUGUCACGUGUAGAGAACCUGAAAAGGGCCCGUCAAGCUUUGUUGGCUGAUAAAGGCAACGAUAUAUCUGCUACUGAAGUUGGCUCAGAAAAUACCUUUCCACCCAAGCUUAUAGAGUUUUUUACUAACAAAAUACUAAGUGCAUUGGAGGAGAAGCUCGAAGACCCUGGAGCAAGCAAUACCAGAGUCUCAGAGGCAAGUGCUGGAGCUGACCAUGAGGCUGCAGGCCGGAUCGUCAAACGAGCUAAGCUCAAGCAAACCUCUGUAGAAGACGAUAGCAGCGACAGCUCAGAUGGCGACACCGAGGGCUAUGACGACAGCAACGGCUCAGAUGGCGACAGCGACGGCUCAGAUGGCGACAGCGACGGCUCUGCUCCAGAGUAGAGUACUGUUCGGUUUACCCCUAUUUGUUAGCAGCUUAUUCCUGGAGCCUUUUAGCUUGCAAUAUGAUCCCCUUUUAGUUGGACGCAAACAGCCACGUGUCCCUUUUUGUUCUCCUUAAUGCAGACUAUGCUCUUCAUGUCGGCAUGUAUGACCGGUUUCAGGAAUCAAAUUCUAUUUAGCUGAA